GUAAAGAUACUAAUUCAAAUGAAUUUUUUUACAACCGAUUAAAGCUGGUGCUUCAAUCAUCUUCACGCUAAUAAAACUAAUAAUUGGGAUUAUCAACAACGAUAAUCAGUCUGAUCAAGAACAACACGAAAACAGUAAUCUCCUCCAACAAGAAAAGAAACGUUUUUUACAUCUUCUUCCAAAAUUCCCCACAGAAUAACUAUAAUACCAUACAAUUUCAUUGUUUUAGUAAUAUCUACAAAUUCCCAAGUUGCUUUAGAUUUAAAUAAACUCCAUUUAGAAGUUCAUUAAUUUUGUUUUUCAAAAAAGAAACUUAUAAAUGUAAUUGUCAGAUUAGUAAACGCCUGACGGGUCAAGGCAUGCUGCUUCACUCUACGAUGAUCAGUAAGGACGAAUUUGGUGGGUUUACCCAUUCGCUUGUCUUGUUCCCUCGACUAUAAACAGUUUGUGAAGCUCCCUCCAUGUCUAAACAGGUUUCAUGGACUCACAAAACGAUGGGCUCUCUGAUCUAAUUCCUCCUCUUUGAGUUUUCUGGAGCUCAAAAUUUGAAGUUGUAAAUACUGGUCAAGUCACAGUAAUGGAGGAAGAUGAAGUGAUAGAAGAGGAAGAAAAACUUGUCUUGCUAUCUCCACCACCUCCUUUAUCUGUUGCAAUAGCGAUAAAUGGAAAUCGAAAGAGCAAGUACAUCGUCAAAUGGGCGUUGGAUAAGUUCAUUUCUGAGGAAAACGUUGCAUUCAAGUUGUUACAUGUCCAGGCAAGGAUUACUUCUGUUCCUACACCAAUGGGUAAUUAUACCCCGAUUUCACAAGUACGAGAUGAUGUGUCAACUGCUUAUAAGAAGGAAGUAGAGUGGCAGACUAGUGAAAUGCUUCUAUCUUACAAGAAAAUGUGUCUUCAGCGAAAGGUCCAAGUGGAUGUUAUGAUGAUUGAGUCUGAUGACGUGGCAAAUGCAAUAGCAAAGGAGGUCUCUAAACACAAAAUCAAUAAGCUUGUUAUUGGAGCCUCCCCUCGUGGCAUCUUUUCAAGGAAGGUGAACAAGAAUGAUAUGUCCUUCAGAAUUUCCACAUGCACUCCAAGCUUUUGCAGUGUAUAUGCUAUUUCAAAAGAAAAAUUGUCUUCUGUCCGUCCAUCUGAUUUAGAGUCAAAUCAAAGCAUUAAAGAUGAUAAUAGUGAGAUAAGUUGUUCUACAGAGUUCAUCAAGUUAUACUUCAAGCUUGCAAGCAGAAUUAGAGAAGCAGUAUUACUGGAGUUGCAUCUCCAAUGUUCAGUUGCUUCCUAUGCUCAUUUCCGUUCUCCUUCCCUAGCAGUACAGAGAUUUCAAGCGCUUUCAAGUAUAAACCAGGCACUUCUUCAUAGAAGAACGAGUUCUCUUGAUGCUCACCAUUAUAGCUGCCAUUAUCUGGAUAUUGAGGAAAGGAAAUAUGGUAAUAGUUCCAGUACUAGCAGUGAUGAAAUGGGACAGGCGGACAAUCAGGCUUCUGGUUGGAGAGGCUUACUAACAGAUAAUCAUUCUUGGAUAUCUGAUCAAGCUUCCAACUCAGAUGCACUCCCUUGGAAUUCUUCUACUGAAUGCCAGGUAAACAUUGACUUGGAGGUAGAAAAGCUGAGAACUGAGCUCGGACAUGUCCGAGGAAUAUAUGCAAUGACUCAAAUUGAGACCCUUGAUGCUUCUUUUAAGCUGAAAAAUCUUAAGGAAUGCCAAUUGGAGAAAGAAACAGAGCUCAAGGAGCUUAAGUUAAAGGAGGAGAAAGCUGAAGAAAUGGCAAUAAAAGAAAAGGAGAAGUAUGAAUUAGCUAAAAAGGAACUUGAGUAUGUGAGAGGAUGUCUUGAGAAAGAAGCUUCACAAAGGUGAGAAGCAGAGAUGAAUGCUGCACGCAGUGCCAGAGAAAAGGAGAAGUUUGAGAAUGCACUUCUGGGUCCUUUGCUGCAGUACCAGAAAUUCACCUGGGCUGAGAUUACAGCUGCCACCUCAUCUUUUUCGGAAAAUCAUAGGAUUGGAAUGGGAGCAUACGGAACUGUCUAUAAGUGUAAUCUACAUUAUACAACAGCAGCAGUGAAAGUUCUUCACUCAAAAGAGACAAAAUUGACAAAGCAAUUCAAUCAGGAGCUUGAAAUCUUAAGCAAAAUUCGACACCCGCACUUGCUUCUCCUUCUUGGUGCCUUCAAUGUGAACAAUACUCCAUCCAUCCCAUGGUUUGAGAGGUAUCGAAUUGCUUGGGAAGUGGCUUCAGCUCUUGUUUUGCUUCACAACACAAAGCCUAAACCAAUUAUUCAUUGUGAUCUGAAGCCAGCAAACAUCUUGCUUGAUCAUAACUUUGUGAGCAAAAUCAGUGACGUUGGCCUUUCAACAAUGGUUCGCUCGGACCCAUCCUCUGUAUCUGCCAGAUGGGAGGACUCAGGCGUAGUUGGGACGUUAUGUUAUAUAGAUCCCGAGUACCAAAGAACAGGAUUUGUUUCUCUGGAAUCUGAUGUUUAUGCAUUUGGGAUGGUCAUUUUGCAGUUGCUGACUGCAAAACCUGCAAUAGCAUUAGCCCACAAGGUGGAAACAGCUAUAAAUAAUGACAACUUAGCAGAGAUCUUAGAUUCAAAAGCUGGGAGCUGGCCAACUGAUGAGACCUGGGAAUUGGUGAGAUUGGGAUUGAGCUGUGCUGAGCUACGGCGCAGAGACAGGCCUGACCUAUUGCUUCUUAGAAUUUUGUUUUUACAAUAUAACACGCACAUACAAUCGCAUAAAUAUACGUAUACAGAUGUUACGAAGGACGCUUGUGUUGCAGCAGAUGGGUACACUAACGAGCGCAAAGCAAUUGAGAAAUGGCUUGAAGAGAAUGAGAAAUCACCAAUGGCAAAUUUGGCAUUGCCAAACAAGAAUAUUUUACCUAAUUAUACUCUCCUUUUUGCUAUCACGGAAUGGAAUUCCAGACAGCAAUAGCCCUCUGUCUUUCCAUUUCUUUUAUUCAAAAAAUACUUAGUGAAAAGAAAAAUGUAUAGUUAGCAAAAGGAUGAAGGAAAAUACAAAGGGCCUCACUAGUUGAGUUUGGGGUUUUAGAUAUGUGUGUAAAUAUGAUUUUGAUUCAUCAUCUGUAUGUUUGCAGUUUUAUUUCCUGUUA